UUUGGUCGCUGGUUUCCAUCACAACACGGAAGAGGUUCAGAAAACAGCAAAACAGCGUCCAGAACAGACAAGCUUCUAAACUCUCCAGCUCUGGCACAUCUUCUACCAACAGUGAUGGAGGGAACAUCUAAAAAUGGCUCUACGUCUCAAACCACCAAAAACGACGCUACAUCAGUUGCUGCACAAGUGCCAUUUCUUCACCUCUGCACAGUCCUUGAGAAGAUACAAAAAGCUAAAGGUAGACCAGACAAGGCUAAAUGUUUAAAAGAGUUCAUGGAAUCGUGGAGAAAAUUUCAUGCAGCACUUCACAAGGACAGUCCCAGCACGACAGACUCAUUCUACCCGGCCAUGCGCCUCAUUGUGCCUCCAUUUGAGAGGGAAAGAAUGGCUUAUGGCAUCAAAGAAAACAUGCUAGCCAAACUCUACAUUGAAGUUUUGGGGCUCCCGAAGACUGGCCCAGAAGCCAACAAACUUCUCAACUACAGAGCCCCCACAACAUCGCAAGGGGAAGCAGGAGACUUCGCCCUCACAGCGUAUUUUGUUAUCAAAAAGAGAUGCACGAGCCAAGGCAACCUAAGCAUUAAAGAGGUCAACGACUUUUUGGACUCUGUCGCAAUAAACAAUGCUAGCAAACAAAAAGAUCUUGUGAAGAAAAGCCUUUUGCAUCUGAUCACUCAGAGUUCAGCACUGGAGCAGAAGUGGCUCAUUCGUAUGAUCCUUAAAGAUAUGAAACUUGGUGUUAGCAAGGAAACCGUGCUCCAGGUUUUCCAUCCAGAUGCUGCCGAACUCUACAACGUCACUACAGACUUGGACAAAGUGUGCAGACAGCUACACGAUCCCUCUGUUUCCUUGAAUGAGGUGUCCAUUGGUCUCUUCUCUGCCUUCAAGCCCAUGCUUGCAGCUGUUGCCAACAUCCGGCAAAUCGAGAAACAGAUGAAGGACCAGCCCUUUUAUAUCGAAACCAAGCUUGAUGGUGAGCGCAUCCAACUUCACAAAGAUGGAGAUGUGUACAAGUAUUACACCCGCAACUCUUUUGAGUAUACGCAGCAGUUUGGUGCCUCACCACUAGACGGCUCUCUUACGCCAUACAUCCACAAUGUCUUUAAGCCUCAUGUGGUCAACUGCAUCUUGGAUGGUGAGAUGAUGGCUUAUAAUCCCACCGCCGAGACCUUCAUGCAGAAAGGCAGCAAGUUUGACAUUAAGAGGUUGAUGGACGACUCGGAUUUACAGACUUGUUUUUGUGUGUUUGACGUUCUGCUUGUCAACGACCAGAAGUUUGGAAAUGAGCCUCUGAAAAAGCGCUACGACACUUUGCAAACGGUGUUCACGCCUAUCAAAGGCCGAAUCCAGCUGGUGCCUAAAGCGGAAGGCAGAAACAUGCAACAAGUAGUCAACGCCCUCAACGAAGCCAUUGAUAACCGAGAAGAAGGGAUCAUGGUUAAGGAUCCAAUGUCCAUCUACAAGCCAGACAAACGUGGGGAAGGGUGGCUGAAGAUCAAACCUGAGUAUGUGGAUGGUCUCAUGGACGAACUGGACCUGCUAAUAGUGGGCGGCUACUGGGGGAAAGGAAGACGGAGUGGGAUGUUGUCCCACUUCCUUUGUGCUGUUGCCGAAUCCCCCAGUCCUGGAGAGAAGCCCACGGUGUUCCAUACGAUCUGUCGAAUUGGCUCAGGCUACACCAUGAAGGAGCUGUACGACCUUGGCCUUAAACUGGCCAAGCACUGGAAAGUCUACCGCAAGAACGACCCUCCGGCAUCGAUUCUUUGUGGAACAGAGAAGCCUGAGGUUUACAUUGAGCCACAGAACUCUGUGAUCAUCCAAGUCAAGGCGGCGGAGAUUGUCGAAAGUGAUAUGUACAAGACGAACUGCACGUUACGCUUCCCCCGGAUCGAAAGGAUCCGAGAGGACAAGGAAUGGCAUCAGUGCAUGACCUUGGACGAGCUCAGUCAGUUCCGCACUAAGGCUUCGGGCAAACUUGCGUCCAGACACUUCCAAAUCGACGGAGACCAGCCGGACAAGAAGAAGCGGAAACUUGCGGCCAAACCCAAGAAAACCAUCGGCAUAAUCAACCACUACAAGGCUCAAGACCUCUCUGCAGUUACAAAGGAGACCGACAUGUUCGAAGACGUUGAGUUCUGUGUGAUCAACGGAAACGACAGCCAUUCCAAAGCAGAUCUCGAGAAAGCCGUGGCUCGUUGCGGAGGCAUCGUGGUACAGAACCCCGGAAAGGACACAUACUGCGUCAUUGCUGGCGUUGAAAACAUGAGGGUGAAGAACCUCAUCAGUUCAGACCAACAUGAUGUGGUAUGGGCUUCCUGGCUGCUGGAAUGCCUGGACGGGAAACAGGUGUUGCCUUGGCAUCCACGCCACAUGAUCCACAUGUCUCCACCCACACGGGAACACUUUGCAAAAGAGUAUGAUCGUUAUGGAGACAGUUACUACAUCAACACUGAUGAGCAGCAGCUGAGGGACAUCUUCAAGAGGAUUGACCAACCUACUACCGAGGUGGACCCGACUUUUGCAGCCUCAGUUGAGGCAGAGUUUGGUUGGGACGACUUGCCAACUAGCAUGUUUAGACCCUACUGUGCCUACUUUGACCGUUGUGCUGAUAUAAAUGACCCAGAAAGCGUCAUUCGGGGUACUUGUUUAGACACUCGGGCACUGGAGUUCCGCUUUUACGGAGGAACGGUAACUGAAGGGAUAAAAGAAGGUAUCUCGCAUGUAGUCGUGGCAGAGCAGGAGAGAAUAUUAGUCCUGAGAACACUGAGGCGUCUGUUUAAGAAGAAGUUCAAGAUCGUGAGGGAGACGUGGGUGACUGAUUCAAUCAAAGCAGGACAUGUACUAAAUAACAACGAGUACCUCUUGUAAUGCACUGAAAUUGCGCAACAAUUGGCAAUAAUAUGUCUUGAUAGGAUGUCGGAAUCUUCCAGUGCCUCUGCAUCACUUUACUGUAAAGUGAAGGUUUUUAGAGUAAUCCAAAGAUUAAGUUUGAUUUGUUUUAUUAUUGGAUUAAUUACUGAAAUAGUUUUAGCUGUAUUUGAUUUGCAAAAUUAGCUUUUAGAGCUUUAUUCUUGUUUUAAAAAAUGUUCUCACACAAAGUUUGAUAGUGUAAAUAGAGCUGGGAUAGACUUAGCAAAAUGUUUUAAUUGAUCGUUGAAGUUUUUAUGGAAUGUAGUUUCAGAAAAUAUCAUGUCACAGAAAACUGGCAUUGACUGCAGCUGUUUUUUUUACUAAUAAAUAUUGCAUAUUUUA